AUUUUAAUGAAAAAAUUAAUUAUUUUCACCGUUUUUAUAGUGGUUAUUUGUGGUUAACAAGAUUUAGCAGAAGCAUUCACACAACUGUCUUCAAGUGACCCUGAUAGAACAAAACUUAACUGGCCCAAUUUAUCAUAAGCUAUUUCAGAUUUAUUAUGUGAUGUUCAAAAUGUUAGAUAAAUUGAGAGUGAUACAAAUUAAUAAAAAUCGGCAUUACUUUAAAAAGUAAGCAAUAAAUUAAUAUAAAAAGUUAAUAAUUUUACACGAUAGAACUAUAAGUUAAAUAAAAGUAGAUUUAGCAAAACAUAAAUCAAAACUCAAUGAUCAAUUAAGUCCUUAUAAAAAUGAAUUAGAUGAGGCGUUGAGAUAUAGAGCAGGGAUUUUGGAUCAAUAAAAAUAGGAUUUGAAGAUAAAUGAUGCAGAUUUUACAAAGAUGAAAGAAUCAGCAAAAUAAGAAAUGGAUGAUGUUAGUAUAGCUUUAUAAUCUGUGGAUUCAGUAUUAAAAUUUACAUAUAUUUUAGAUGAGAAAAUAAGUUAAGGAAUUAUUACAAGGAGGUUCAGGAGGAAAUUCAUUUGUAGAAAUUAAGAGUUCUUUAGAAGAAUUUCAUACAAAGAUAACUUCAUUAGCUAAAUCAGAUUCUCCUCUUUUGACUUUAGCAAGUUCACUUGAGGAACUAUUGCAAUUAGAUUUUAAGGACAGAAAAGUUUUAAAGGACCUUGAAUAAUUGUUAGAUUAAUUUUGGAUGAAUACAAUUGAUUAUAGAAUAGAAUUAAUAAGUUAAGCAAAUAGAAAUUAAUAAUUAUAUGAAGACAGAAGAUAAGCAAUUUUAUAAGACAAAGAUACAACAAUUGAACUUUAUAAUUCAAAAAUUGAGGAAUAUAAUACUAUUUUUGAUGAGAUAUAAAAUAUUUAAACAUAUAUAGAGAAUAGAUAAAAGGAUUUAGAUGAUAGUGGAAAUUCAUAAGAUUUUUUUAAGAAUAUUUGGGGUUUGAAUGAAGGGAUAACAAAUACAGUUGAUAAGUCAUUAAUUAGUAAGGCAUCAGCAAUUUAAGAUGCAUUAAAAUAAAUAGGUAAUGGAGUAAGUUUUUAAGAGAGAUGAGUUGC